ACCCUUUUUGUUGCCGAGUCCAUUGCACCCAUUUGGAAAUAAGACUUCAAAAAACUUCACUCUCUCAUACAUAUCCUCCUAAGCCUUUCUUUAAUUAUUCUCUCUUUUUCUCUGACCUUUUUCUUCUUCUUCUUAAAAAAAAAAAAUCUACAAGUAAAGGGAGCAACCUUUAGCUCCCUAAAGAAGAAGAAGAAGACUUCCAAACUUUUUCUUCCUAGAUAUGGACCCCACUAGGGAAUUAGAUCAGCUCGGUUCUCCGGUAAUCAGAGGCGUCGACGGCCGGAAAAGGGUCGUCGGAGAAUUGGACUUUUUCGCGAAUAAGACUGUUGAUCAUCUGGUCAAAGCAACAUCUCAUGGCCAUAUUGUUGAUGGUGGUGACGAUGAUGAUAAGGUUGAAGAUCAAGAUCGAAGUGAACGAGAUCAUGGGGUGCUCCAAGAGAUGCAACUUGACGUGAAUACUGGCUUGUGUCUUCUUACAACCAACACUAGUAGCGAAAAAUCAAGUGUGGACGAAGGCUCUUCAGGAAAUAAUUUGGAGGAUAAUAAGAAACCAGCUCUGAAUGAGCUGGCAGUUCUGCAGGCAGAAUUGGGCCGAAUGAACAAUGAAAAUCAACGUUUAAGAGGUUUGCUUAGUCAGGUUAACAACGAUUAUCAGAUCCUUAAUAUGCAUGUGGCAUCACUGAUGCAAAAGCAAAACAGCCAAAACUCUGAAACCGCGGAAGAGAGAAACAAGAUGAUGAGUAGACUUCUGGAAGAGAAUCAGAAAAGUUUAAUCGUCACAAAAGCUAGACAAUUCAUGGACAUAGGCGAACCUCAGAUCACCGGAGAGAAAGACUACGAAGUUUCGCAAUCUUCUUUGGAUCAAGGAAGGUCACAAAACCGUAAUUCUAGAUCGUCUAAUCAUCAACAAAAUGAGAUAGUGGAGUCAAUAUUAGAGUGCAAGAGUAAUAUUAUUAAUUCUGCUGAUUUUAGCAAGGAAUUAUCAGCUCAUCAUCGUCAUGAUGAUCGAGAAGAAGGUACAGAUCAAGAACAACUUGGUGCUGGUGCAAGUCCAGGUUCUAGAUGGGUCCCUAAUAAAGUUGCUAGAUUUGGUAAUUCUAGAUAUCAUGAUCAAGACCAAGCAACUUCCUCAGCUGAAACCAUGUCCAUGAUUAGAAAAGCGCGUGUAUCGGUUCGUGCAAGAUCUGAAGCUUCGAUGUUAUCUGAUGGGUGCCAAUGGAGAAAGUAUGGGCAGAAAAUGGCAAAAGGAAACCCAUGUCCUCGAGCUUACUAUCGUUGCACCAUGGCCACUGGUUGUCCAGUUCGCAAACAAGUGCAAAGAUGUGCAGAAGACCAAACAAUCCUGACGACAACAUACGAAGGCCACCACAACCACCCUCUCCCGCCGACCGCCAUGGCAAUGGCGUCGACAACAUCGGCCGCAGCCUCGAUGCUACUCUCCGGAUCAAUGCCGAGCGCCGAUCACCACAGUCUUUUCAACCCCAACUUCCUAGCCCGAACCGCUCACCCUUGUUCCCCGAGCUUCGCGACGCUUUCAGCCUCAGCCCCAUUUCCGACCGUCACGCUAGACCUCACCCGCACUCCCACCACCACCUCCUCCUCCUCCUCCGCGGAGCAAAUCUUAGGCCAAUUACGCCAACUUUCGCAGGGCAAUUUUCACAAUCUUUCCCAGAUUUUGCCUCAAAAUGUCAUGUCCUCCUCGUCGUCACAACUUUUUGGGCACGGUCUAGCGGACCAAUGUUCCAAGUUGGUUGGUCUUCAUGGAUUAAACAAUGGUGCUGCUAAUAAUCCUCUUGACAUAGCGCCCGCCGGGCAUUUGCAGGCUGACACCGUGAGUGUAGCGACGGCUGCCAUCACGUCGGAUCCGAACUUCACGGCGGCGCUGGUGGCGGCUAUCACGAAUAUCAUCGGUGGCAAUGUUAAGCCGAUCAAUACUAGUAGUGUUACUACUAAAAAUAACAGUGAGAAGAAUGCCUGAACUAGUUUAAUUUUAUAAGCUUGCUAGCCUCAGUUUUGAUGUUGGAUUGUAAGUUUAGUCAUUAGAGGAUUAAUCUUUCAUUUGGUUUGGAAUUAGAUAUAUAGAUAGUAAAACUUAUAA